AUGGCACCGAUGGAGCUUAAGGAACUUAUGGAUCAGUUGGAGGAUUUGUUAGAUAAAGGCUUCAUUCGCCCCAGCGUCUCACCAUGGGAAGCACCGGUGCUAUUUGUAAAGAAGAAAGAUGGGUCACUUAGAUUAUGUAUUGACUACCGACAACUUAAUAAGGUAAUCGCAUAUGCAUCAAGACAACUUAAAAGGCAUGAGAAAAAGUACCCCGUACACAAUUUGGAGAUGGAAGCAAUCGUGUUCGCCUUAAAGAUUUGGAGACAUUACUUGUAUGGUGAGACUUACGAGAUAUAUACGAAUCACAAAAGCUUGAAGUAUAUAUUUCAACAAAGGGAUCUUAACUUGUGGCAACGUAGGUGGAUGGAGUUGCUAAAGGAUUAUGAUUGUACUAUUCUUUACCAUCCUAGUAAGGUAAAUGUGGUGGCAGAUGCCUUGAGUCGAAAAUCAAUGGGGAGUCUGGCACAUAUCUCUAUAGAUAUGAGACCUUUGAUUAAGGAGAUGCAUAGCUUGGGAGACGUGGGUGUUCAUUUAAAAGUUUCAAAUGCAAAUGCAUUGCUAGCACAUUUUAAAGUGGGGCCUAUCUUAAUGGACUGGAUCAAAGAAGCACAAAGUAAAGAUGAGUUCGUAGCUAAGGCCUUAGAGAACCUUCAAGGAAGGAAAGGAAAGAUGUUUACUAAAGGCACUGAUGGAGUAUUGAGGUAUGGAACUAGACUUUAUGUGCCCGCUAGUGAUGGAUUGAGGAGAGAAAUAUUGGAAGAAGUGGACAUGGCAACCUAUGUAGUACAUCCAGGGGCUACAAAGAUGUAUCAAGAUUUGAGGGAGGUGUAUUGGUGGGAAAGACUCAAGAAAGAUGUAGCUGAGUUUGUCUCUAAGUGCCUGGUUUGUUAA